CGUUCAUAAUUUACAACUGUCAGGGGACGAUUUCAAAAGAAGAAGAAAAGGAAUGAGAGCUCUCAUAUUUUUUUUUUCAGUAUCCAAGUAGUUUGCUCCUCAUCUCUUCUUUCGGGAGUUUGCUAGUGUUUCUCUUACUGGGUCGGAGAGCAGUCGGGUCGCCUCCAUUAUCGAUCAGGCACUGGAGGCUAAGUCAGUUAGUUUUAGCCUCCGCCAGCAACUUUUCAACGUCAUUUCUCUUGCGACAGGAACACAUCCUCGGAAAAAAUAACAACAAAUUCAACAAGCCGACGCACGACCAAAGAUGCCCGCUAUUCGACACUCGUCCAAACGAAAACCGCCGCCUGAUGGCUUCGAGGAUAUUGAGAACGACUUGCUCAUCUUUUCCAACAAGAUGAAGGAUGCCCAGAACAAGCCACCGCCAUCAGGUCCUAGGCACCAGGCGCAGUGGGAAAUCUUCCAGAUCUCGCAUCAACGAAGCCGCUACGUAUAUGAGCUAUACUACGAGAAGGAGGCGAUCAGCAAGAAACUGUACGAUUGGUUGCUGAAAAACGGCUAUGCGGACGCGAUGUUGAUUGCGAAGUGGAAGAAACAAGGAUAUGAGAAGCUAUGCUGUCUGCGCUGCAUCCAGACAAAGGAGACAAAUUUCAACAGCACAUGCAUCUGUCGUGUUCCACGGGCGGAGAUUAAGGGUGACGAAGACAUUGAGUGCGUCAGCUGCGGUUGCAGAGGCUGCGCAUCAAGCGACUAGACACGACAAGCGCGAAUAUGAAGGAGGAAACACCUGCAAGUUCAAAGGAAGAGACGGCGUUGGGCGUAUUAUUAAUUCAUCAACACGCAUCGAUAACGAUUCGAGGCAAAAGCGAUAUAUAUCGACGCGAUGAGGUAGAAAAUCCUUUUAUUGGCUGCAUCAUGUCUUUACCAAAAGUGUGCUGAUACUCCUAGCCAGUCUGAAACAUCAUCUCUGCUUCAUCUUUUGGAAAAGCCAGCUCUUCCACGUCCAAACCGGACACUCGGUGGGACAAAGGAUAGUGACGACAUGGCACCUGUAAGAUCUGCCAUUUCUGUGUCGGCUGGCUUGUGCUUUUCCUGCUUGUUUUCCACGUUCUUCACCGCCGGUGACUUUGGUGACUCUUUUGAUGUGUCCUCCGGCUGUGAAGAGACAUUCUCGCCCUCCAUGAGACUGGCGCGACGCCUAGAGUUCUUUAUAGCUUGCGAGUUGGCUGAUGAUCGGCGGCGAUGAUGACUGCCAUCGUUUAGCAGGGACCGCCUACCGUCAAUACCGUCUCUAGUGACGGCAAAGAAGAAGUUCUUUGGAUACAUGUGCUUGUCGAUGAGAUGCAUACGCCUCUUCUGGUGUGUCAUGCACUUACGCUCACAUCCCUCGACGAAGCACGAAUACUGGAGCGCAAGGGGUCAGUUGCAGACUCGUAAUGGUCGAUGGAAAGCCAGGGUAUAGGACAUACAGUAUGCUCGCCUUGUUCCCGCUUCACGAUCACUAAAGGGUCGUGGUAUUCUUCAAUGUGGACGUUGAGCAGAUGUUCGCUUGGGAAGUUCUUGUGGCACUCAAUACACCUAUUAGUGUGGGACUUGUUGUAAUGGACCUCGUAUUCGUCGUAGGAUCUAAAGGCCAGAGGCUCUUUGUGCGGAGGCAAGUUGCAUCUCAUGGCUAUGGUAUCCUCUUCGUCGUCGAUGGCCGAUUCAAGCUGAGUUACUUUUGAUACUGGACGUAGGGACGGUUCCGCGUUUGUCUGUUCAGAAUCGGAAUCUAGAUCUUCUUCGAGCUCUCGUGAGCGCUUCAUCCUUUUGUUGUGAGCUUGAAUGGAAAGGUAGAAUUACUUGAGAGCAGUAUCCAGAGGAUGCAAAGCGGUGAGUACAGGGUAGUGAGUCUUUAGGGAGCUGUGAUAGGUUUUCGAGACGAACUGGCAAUGUGCCUAUAUUCUCGCCGGGCGUAGGACAAGUCAAUGAGUCAGGUUUCUAGCUAGGUAAACAUGGACGGGUUUUAUGUGAUGGGACUGCCAGAUGUUGUGAUAUAACCAAAAGGUCCUAUAUUGGAGGUGAGUAGAAGCUCGUCCAGUGAGUGUGAUAUUU